AUGCCACUCGUAGCAAGCAAGCUCACCGACCGCAUCAUCCUGGGUCUAAUGACCUUUGGAGAGUCUGCUGCCGACGGUGCUCGUGUCACCGAUCUCGCCACCUUCAACAAAGCGCUUGAUGUCUUCCAGAGCCGCGGCUACAAUGAGGUCGACACAGCGCGCGUCUAUGUUGGCGAACAGCAGGAGGCCUUCAUGGCAAAGGCGGGCUGGAAGGAAAGAGGGCUCACCCUUGCAACCAAAGUCCGCUACCCCAAGGACCCUGGUGACAACGCUGGAGACAAGGUGAUCAAGUCUGUGGAAGAGAGCCUCCAGGCACUAGGCACGGACAGGGUCGAUCUUUUGUACCUGCACCGUGCGGACAGAGGAAUUCCGUUUGCCGAAACGCUUGAGGCAGUUGACAGGCUACACAAGCAGGGCAAGUUCAUCCGACUGGGGCUGAGCAACUUCGCGGCCUUUGAAGUCGCCGAAGUCGUGAUGACCUGCCAGCAGAAUGGCUGGAUCCGCCCCACGGUAUACCAAGGCAUGUACAACGCCAUCACGCGCAACAUAGAGUCCGAGCUCUUUGUCGCAUGCAGGCGCUAUGGCCUUGACAUUGUGGUCUACAACCCCAUCGCAGGGGGUCUCUUCUCGGGCAAGAUCAAGAGCCAGGAUAUCCUGCCCGAGUCUGGUCGGUUUAGCCACAACAACGGCGCGCAGGGCGAGGGAUACCGCAAGAGGUACUUCAAGGAUUCCACGUUCCAGGCGCUCAAGCUCAUGGAGGAGGUGGCUGCCAAGCACAACCUCUCGAUGAUCGAGAUGGGCGCUGCGCUGGGUCGUUCACCACUCGCACCUGAAGAUCACGAGUGGUAA